AUGGAGGCGAGAUCUGAUUCCGUGAUCGAGGAAGGGGAGAGCGAACCGAAGUGCUCGUGCCGUUGCUGUGCGUGCUGCGGUUCCAAGGUCAAAGGCUGGCUUCUCCUUUUCUUUGCGUUGCUGGCCGUGUUGUUCGCCGUGGGCGCCCUCGCCUCGCCCUGGUACUUUGUCUAUGACGAAACCGCCGACGCCACCGUCAACACCUACUACCAGUGGUCGGGGUUGUUGCGGGUCAGUAAGGGACACGAUGGCGCGCCGGACAGCACGACUACGCUCUCGUGGGGCGAUGUCAACAUGCCACAGACCCGCACGCUCUUCAUGACCACGCUGGUGCUCGCCGUCAUGUCGCUCUUUCUCGCCAUCGUUCUCACCGGCUGCGUGCUCUGCCUCAUCCUUCUUCCGGCCUACCGCCUCUCCCAUCGCUUCGUCCUGGCCGAGUCGGGCAUCAACAAGAGCAAAUGGAAGUGGACCUUCGGGCUCGCGGUCCUGCUCUGCUUCGUCGCGCUGCUCCUCUCCUUCACUCUCUUCGUGCAGCUCCCCGACUGCCUCGCCAAGGACUCGCCCGACCACUCUUGCUCCAGCAACGAGUGCGGGAGCUUCAUCGGCGGACAGAGGCAGAAGGGCGGCUAUCUACACAUCUACACCCCCUUCGUUGGCUGGGGCAGCGCGGUCGCCUCCUGCAUCUUUGUCGCCAUCGUGGGCACUCUGUUCCUGGCCCUCUUCGGGCGCAAGCGCAACGCAAGAGCGCCGGGCCUCGCGCUGGCCACCAUCAACGCGACCGAGCAUAGCCGGCGAGAGGCCACUCCUGACCCUGCCGACGACGACGCCGGAGAGCGACGCCCGCUGCUGGCAGGCGAGAAGGCCGAGAGGGCCAGACGAGCGGACAGCCCGGGCAGUCCCUCGAGAGACAACGGUGGUCUGCACCACCGCACCACCAGCAGCGCCAAGACGUCGCCCAAGGACAAGGCCGAAGACGCCACGAUCGACGACUGCGACUCGCCGCUCGCCUACCACAAACCGUGCCCGUCGUCGCCUUCCCUGGCUCGCAUGCAACCCCUCAUCACCCUCACCUCGCCCCGCCACACCCCGUCGCCGCUCGCCAACCUGGACUCUCGCUUCGCCGCAGCCGCAGCCCUGCCUACCGCCACACCGACUUUCGCCGACACGAAAGGGGAAACACCGCUGCUGGAGGAGCACGGCGAGGCUGAGGCCGAACGAAAUGGAGGCACGCAGGGCUCUGAAGGCGCUCGUGAAGCGAACAUCAGCAGCACGAGCACCACGCACGGAGACGCCGACACUGCUAGCGGCGAAGGCGCUAGCGAGGAGGCAAAGGAAACGAAGGGAGAAGGCGAGCGAACAGAGGACACGACGAAGGACGAUAAACGGAGAGAAGUGAGCGCAGCUGAAGCGACAGUGGAGGACGCUAUCGAGGAGAAGGAGUCAGGCGAGGCCGAACCGCAAGCAGUGGAAGGAGCAGGAGGAGAGACACAUGGCGAAACGAUGAAAGAGGAGAAGGCGGAGCAGAAGGAGAAGGCGGAAGGGGAGCAGGAGGAGGACCCCACGCCGAAGCCGGUCGCUAGGCGGGCGUUCGCCACCAUGCAGCGGAUGAGCUACAAGGACUACGCCAAGAAGAAGGCAGCGCCGCCCACGCCUGAGUCGGUGCUCGGUCCCUCGCGCGUGCGUGGGGUGCCGACCAACCGGAUGGCCCUCCGCAGUCGAGGCGCGCCGCUGUCAUCGGUCAAGGACCAGGCCCUCGCCACCUCGCCCUCGCGCAGCGCCACCAUGCCCGCCGCCACGCGGAGAUUGCCGACGACUGCCGCCCGGCCGCGUGCAGUUCUGGCCAGCGAGGACACGGAACGACCCACGACGCAACCAGAGCCCGAGGAGAGGGAGAAGGAGAAAGAGACCGAGGAAACAAAGGAAAGCGAGAAGGUAGACAAGAAGGAGGAGAAUGAAGAAGAAGAGUCGAAGCCCGCUGGAGAGCAGACGAACAGCAGCGACGACACUACGCACAGCGUCGCAGCAACGUCGUCCACAACAACUGUGACGGACUCGAACACCACCGAGGAGGACGAUGACCGUAGUGACUCGGCGAGUUGA